AUGCAGUGUGCGUGCAGACGACACGAAAGCGAAACUUGCUACGGUCUCCUGAACGACACACUUUUGGCCACCAAUCCCACACUGGGGGAAGGGGAAUGUCGAAGCUUCGCCUAUCUCCGAAGCAAAGCUGUGCCAGAAAUAUUUGGCGUCUUUGAUACUGAUUUCUGGAGUCCAAUUCUUCAACGGCGGGAGGCCGAGCCGGUUCUACAACACGCUCUCUCCAGUCUAAGCGCUGUCUAUGAGCAUUACCGCAGGGACGGCCGACUUAAGUCUGGCCCCAACCGCCUCAUUUCGAAGCGAACUCUUGAUUCUGGCUCCUCGACUGCUCCGUUGAGUCACUUCGCUAUCCAGCAAUACAAUAAAGCUAUCAAGCUACUGACGAAGGAUGGAAGCUCUGAUGACUCGGAUUCCAUUGAGGUUACCUUGAUGGCCUGCCUAAUCUUUGUUUGUAUUGAGUUCCUCGGGAACAAUUUUUCAACUGGACUCAAUCAUCUGAAAGGUGGACUGAAAAUUCUUGACCAUUUAAAAAAUACUCAAAGUAUCGACCAUACCAUGAAGCGGCGGCCGCUCAAUCAAGCUUUGAAAGAUUUGUAUAUCCGACUCGACAUCCAAGCCACCGUGCAUGGCAGCGCAACCUCCGAUUUCAAUUCGACAGCAUUUCAACAUUGGCAAUUUACUCCAUGGCUUCCAACGCAUUUUUCCACUAUCGGCGAGGCACAAACGAAGCUAAGUGAAGAAUUGUGCGCCAUCUUUCAGUUCAUGAGACAUCGAAAUGACGAAUCCCAUUAUAGCGCAAACAGUUCUAGUACCAGUUCGGGUACCUGUGAUGCACCCCCUAGUCUGGAUUCGUCCUCGCUUACUUCCACAAGCAAGACCCAAACCCGUACUCAGCUCCACCUUGGAAACCUCCGGCGAUGGCAUGACGCCUUCUCGUCACUUGUCAAACCAGACAGGCUUACCUCGAUCGACUACAAUGCACAUCAGCGACACACCAUCCCACUACUUUUCCUGUACCAUGAUCUGGCCGUCCUUCAAUUGAAGGCCUCUACAUUCAAGUCACAAAUGGAGUACGACGAGUUUCAACCGGAAUUCGAACGCAUGGUUACCUACGUAUGGCGGGUCCUCCAAGCAUUUGACGCGAUCGGAUCACGCCCACCAGUGGUCUCUUUCGACAUGGGACUGUUGGGUCCUUUAUUUUUCAUCGCUCUCAAAUGUCGUCAUCUACGUACGCGGCAGCGGGCGAUAGGACUCAUGAGGCUGGCACCUGAGCGCGAAGGGAUGUGGAUACGUGAUCCCAUUAUCGAAUAUUCAGAAUGGAAAAUGAAGCAAGAAGAGGCCGGGCGUGGAGCCCUUAAUGAGGACGCUAUUCUGCCCGAGGAGAGCCGUAUGUUCGGGGAAACCGUUUUUCAAGCGUUUGUCAACGGCGAGCAAGUGCGUGUUCUUCGCUUUUAUAAAGGGAAAGCUGAUGCGCUGGGAGUCUUCAAAUCUGAAGAAGUUGUCACAAACAUGAGUCUGGAUAUGGGAGACUUUCUCUAA